GUGUGCGUGUUUUUUUGUUUUUUUUUGCAGGCUGUGCUGGUCUCUUUAAAGGCGGGGCGGGGAUCGUGACCGUCCAUGAGGCGGAUUAGUGUUUCAUCAGGACUGCGCCUGUUUCCUCUCUCAUCAUCUGAUCCGAGCCACAGGUUCGAUCCCUCUGCAGGAAAAUGGACUUCAACGUGAAAAAACUGGCUUCUGACGCCGGAGUCUUCUUCACGCGCGCGGUGCAGUUCACAGAGGAGAAACUGGGUCAGGCUGAGAAGACCGAGCUGGAUCCUCACUUGGAGAACUUGAUCACCCGAGCCGACGGCACCAAGAACUGGACAGAGAAGAUUUUAAGGCAAACAGAGGUCCUGCUGCAGCCCAACCCGAUUGACCACACUGGUGCUCGAAUAGAGGAGUACAUCUACGACAAACUGGACAAGAAGCUUCCCUCCAGGACCACCAACGCUGAGCUGCUGGGACAGUACAUGCUGGAUGCUGCCAAGGAAUUUGGUCCAGGAACGCCAUACGGCAGCACCUUGAUCACAGUGGGGGAGUACCAGAAGAGGCUGGGCGGAGCUGAGCGGGAGUUCCUCCAGACUGCUUCUGUCACCUUCCUCACUCCUCUACGGAACUUUCUAGAAGGUGACUGGAGGACCAUAUCGAAAGAGCGGCGGCUUCUGGAGAACCGACGGCUGGAUCUGGAUAUCUGUAAAGCACGUCUGAAGAAAGCCAAGGUGGCUGAAGCCAAAGCAGCGGCUGCACCUGAUUUUCAGGAGACAAGACCUCGAAAUUAUGUUCUGUCUGCCAGUGCGUCAGCGCUUCUGAGUGAAGAAGUGGACAAAGCCGAGCACGAGCUUCGUGUCGCUCAGACUGAAUUUGACCGACAAGCAGAGGUCACCAGACUGCUGCUGGAAGGCAUCAGCAGCACACAUCUAAACCACCUGCGCUGUCUGCAGGAUUUUGCAGAGGCUCAGUCCACAUACUACGCCCAGUGUCAUCACUACAUGCAGGACCUGCAGAGAGAACUGAACAGAUGUGCGAAUGCUGCUGGACCCACCCAGCCCUCUGCUGUCUGUCCCAGCCCGGUGUCCUCCACCCUCCUGUCUGGACCCUGUCCUCCCGGAGCCACGGUCUCCUCUUCCAGCACGCUGGCUGUGGAGCAGGCACAGCUCCCUGUCACAGGCACUCGGAAGGCCCGGGUCCUGUAUGACUACGAGGCCCAUGACACCACUGAGCUUUCCCUCUUGGCGGAUGAGCUCAUUACUGUGUACACAGUCCCGGGGAUGGAUCCUGAUUGGCUGAUUGGAGAACGAGGGAAUGAAAAGGGGAAAGUCCCGGUUACCUACCUGGAACUGCUGAGUUAAUGGACCACACACACACACACACACACACACACACACACACACACACUGAGUACGUCUACUGUACUGUAUUUAGAUGCUUGUCUACAUUCAAACACAUAUGCAAACAUAUCAGUUUUUUUUUUGUUUUGUUUAGUUUUUUUGACACAACCAUGUGGGUCCUUAUAAAAUUGCUCUUCGUGCACUUUUAUGACUGCAUGAUGAAAUAAACCCCCAGAUUAACUCAGUGCGCACUGAAUCUGCUCUGACUCAUUCCUGCUGACCACCAGCAAGAUUGUUUUUGCCUUCUGUCUGUUAGCAUGGUUAUAAAAAAAAAAUAAUGAAU